CUUCAGUCCUUGUCUGCUGACCGAUUUUUUUUAUUUUUAACUUCCAACUGUCUGUCAUCGCGGAAAAACAUGGCAGAAUGCGUUCCAUCCAGAGCCACGGGAAUGGAAGGAGGAAUUGUGAUUAAAGAUGAUUGGCCCGGAUACAGUUUAGAGCUCUUCACUUAUCCAGAGCAUUACCGCGAAGAUAUAGAGAGUGUCUACAUUCCACAUGGGGUUAUCAUGGACAGGACAGAGCGCCUGGCCCGACACAUCAUGGAUGACAUUGGGGAUCAUGACAUGGUGGUGCUGUGUGUACUGAAGGGAGGGUACAAGUUCUGUUCCGACCUGGUGGAGUUCAUUAAGGUACAAUGCCGCAACUCCAACAAGCACCUGGAGACCAGAGUGGAGUUUAUUAGGCUUAAGAGCUACCUGAAUGACCAAUCAACAGAGGACCUGCACAUAAUAGGAAGUCAAGAUCUAUCUGUUCUACGAGGCAAGAAUGUCUUGAUUGUAGAGGCUAUAGUCGACACAGGAAAGACAAUGAAGGCGCUUCUGAAGCAUGUGGAGGCCUUUGAACCCAAGAUGGUAAAGGUCGCCGGUCUGCUGGUGAAAAGGGUCUCUAAUGUGGUUGGAAGCCUUCCAGACUAUGUGGGGUUUGAAAUUCCCAACCGUUUUGUCGUGGGCUAUGCUUUGGACUACAACGAGUAUUUCCGUGACCUGAAUCAUAUCUGUGUCAUAAGUGAGAUUGGAAAGGUGAAGUACAAGAUUUGAAGAGAAGUCAACACAUACAUGGGUUGUUCAGAGUUGCAGUUUUCAACUUGUGGCUGCAAGUGCCUUCCCUUCUCAUAUCUUCUCCGUGGUCUGUUGAGGAUUAUUGUUAGUUUAUUCAUUUCAUAAGAAGAAACACACCUUGCAUGUGCUUUAUGCAAAAACAAAUAUGAGAUCUGUGUUAUUCAUGCUACAUACAACCUUGAUUGACACAUUUUAAGAGUUUUUUUUUUACAUAUGCUAUUGUUUUUGUAAACAUCAUAUUACAUUGUUGACAGAAUAUGCUUUUACAUAAUAUGCAUUUAUAUGUAUUUGUAAAAUACUAAUUUUGUCCCCAAUGAUCUAAUAUGUGCAAAGCACAAAGAAAUAAACUAUGCAAUUUUAAAUAACAAA